UAGUCCUUUCGAUGUCAGUAUGGACUACUGACAAGUGAAAAUCUCUCUAGCUUAUACAUGUCCCUUCUAGCACCAAAGUACAUGUGGGGUUUUUUUUGUUUGUUUUUUAAAACAGGAAAUUAAGUGUGGAUUGGGAAGGGGAAAACCGUUUAUUCCUCCAGCAAAGUAGACCCAGGGCCUGAUGCCCAGCCUUUCUCUUCAUGGUCACUACUGCUGUGUAUGGAAUGGCAGCUGUUUUCCCUGAACACAUGAUAUGCAAGCAUUCUGCACACUGAAACAAUGGAUAGCAUGGACCUUCCCCAGUGCUCUGUGUUGUGCCUAUUCAGGGCAACCAUGGGAGCCACUUCCCUGGUGCAAAAUUUCCUUUCCUUUACCCCUCUUUAUCUGUUAGUACACAGGGAACCAUGGAGUUUCUGCAGUGCAGAAAGCCUUAUGGGAUCUCUCUCCAGCAAUGAAUUUCACUUGGGGUGACCAGAUGUCCCGAUUUUAUAGGGACAGUCCCAGUUUUUGAGGCUUUUUCUUAUAUAGGCUCCUAUUACCCCUCCACCGCCGUCCUGUUUUUUCACACUUGCUAUCUGGUCACCCUAAUUUCACUCAAGAAGUUAGUUCCACUGUAACAUCAGUUGAGACCCUCUAAUAUGUCUCUGAUUAUUCUGUAUACAGUCAAACAAGCACAGACUUUUUAUACCAAAUAGAGCUGAGUGCAUCAAGAACACUUACCUCACUAACUUAAAAUACCCCAAAGUCAAAAUCAAAGGAAAUACCAAUCUUACUGGAAGAUAGGAACAAAUGUAGCAUGAUGUUUAAUUUGCAGCGCUUGCCAUUGUUAACCAUGAUCUAAAUUGUCACAGUUACUUCAGGGGAUCGCCUUUUUAGCUGUAGAAGUGCAGAUCUACUGUCUUCUGUACAAGGAAGGUGGUGUGGUCUUAAAGGUUACAGCAAAACCAUUUAUUUUCCUAGGAAAGAUCAGCUCCCAAAAAGUACAUGACAAGGAGGGAAUGGGGCUGUAUUGGGUUUGACUCCAUCAUGUCACAUGACCGUCUUGACCUCAAGGUCACAUAGCCAAUUGGAGCAGAAUUGGGAUUCGUCAGGCUCUUAGGCCUUUUGACUUAUUGGACAAACACUUAUCUUCAUGGCAAGAAGUUGCAUUAUAAAUGUAGGGUCAUUUUUUAAUGUACCACUUUCCUUAACAGGAGUAAUGUACAUGCAUUGAAGGAAGAGUACAGCUGGAGAAACGUACUUAAUUAAACAAAUUAUUUUUGUCAUUUUUGUAGCUGGCAGAAGUAGAAUAUUGUAUGGGAGAAAUCUAUUUUCAUAAUCAGUGUGUAUAAAUUAUAUUUACACUUUUACAGAUAGUCACUUGAAUACUCACAGCAUAAGGCAUUGUUCACUUGCAAACACGUUUUAGGUACAUCUUUUGCUGUGACAAGACUGCAGGAAUAGCCAAAAAUGGCAUCUUCUGAAAAUGCAGGUUCUAGCCUAAUGUAAACUGGCUGCAUCAAUAAAUAGUAUAAAAUGUUUAUACAGAGUCUUGUUUUUUAAUUGAGUAAAGUUGUGAAAAUGCAGCAAAGCAUUUUAAAUGUCUUGGAGCAUAUGACUCUUAUUUAGGUGGACCAAGGAAAACAUAAUCUGGAAAAAGUCUUGCAAGUGAAAAGCAAAUUAAGUUUUAUGUACUAAAAGCAUUAAUGACUAGACCUUGAAAAAUGGAGAGCAGACUUUCAAGAGAGCUCAGCGCCCUUUUAAGCAUCGUAACUGGGGGCCAGGUUUUUCAGCACGUGGCCACUGGAUCACAAUGGGAACUGGUAGGUCCUGAACACUUGAAAAUCUGUCUCCAAUUAUGUUGGUGGGACACUUGGAAAUCUGGCCCUGUGUAUCUGCAAUGCCUAUUUGUUAUUGAUUUGAGGAAAGGUUUUGAAUUCUAAAAUACAAGAAAUAAACUGUGCAAGUCCUUUCCUAUGUAAUAUUUUGCUUAAUAAAUCAUUUUAACAGCUUGAUUAUUUGUAUCAGCAGGAAUCAUGUGUUAAUCUUUCCUGCUGAGAUGUUACAUUAGGACAGAAAAUUGCUCUUUUCCUAAAGUAACUAAAUCCUCCUUAAUACUUUAAUCUUUAUCAAAUUACUUUUUAAUCCAUUAAUCAGAAAGGGGAUAGGAAGACUGUGAAUGGGCUACUGAGUAUGAUGGAGUGGAUAUUUCACCACUUGGAUGCAAAAUGGAGUGCCUGGAAGCAAACAGCUGGAUAAAAGUUCAGAUUUCUGCAGCUAUGUUUGAGUUUCACCCCUCUUUAUAGGCGUCUAUCAGUAUAUUUAUAGUUUGCAAUGCCUUUCAGCUCCAAAAGGUGUAAGGGUCACUGGUUAAAGGCAUCAAUGUUGUUAUUGCAGUAGUACCUAGGAGUCCCAAGUCAUGGACUGGCACUCGAAUAGGGGUAAGUGUUGUGGAAACACAGAACAAAAAAACAGCUCAUGCCCCAAUCUAAGUAAUAGUUGUCUACUGUAUCAGCUAAUUAUACUUUGAAAAUCUGACCCUUUUGCAAAUGUGGUCAAUAGUUUUAAGUGCUUUGAGAUUCUUGGUGCUCGAAAGUUCAAAGCUCGAUGUACUGAGCACUUUUGCAAUUUUGGCUGCUUGUUUUGGUGCCUAAAUGGAAGUUGAGCCCUUUGUAAAAUGUGGCCCCUGAGGUCUGAUGCUUGGCGUUUAACAAACUUGUACAUGUAAACAGUCGCACACAGUCCUGGCAUCUCAACAACUCCAAACUUACCCAGGAUGUACUUUCUAUUUAAAAUAAUUAAGAGCCAUUGAAAAGAAAAGAGGAUUUUUCCCUAGGGAACCUCUGAUUUAUGUCAUCUUAAAAUAAAGACUGCUUAUGGCUCUUAGUGACAGCACUCAGCUGAAUUUAAUAGCUACACCUGGGGUCUUUCAAUUACGUGCUUCACUGCUGGUACGAUACAGCAAAUGUAAGAACAAAAUUGCAGUCCACAUGAGACAAUUAAAUUGUCACCUGCAGGGAAAGCUUCAGUAUUAGGAGGGUUGGGAAGAUAUGUGUAUAUAAAAAGCAAGCUGACAGGUACAACAUGUAGGAUAUUUUGCAAAGCAGCAGAGUUGGGAUUAUUCAUUCAGCAGCUCCUCUCAUCAAGCAGGUAAUGUACUUGAACCAGACCAUGCAUUACAUUUUGCAUGCUCAGUGUCUAGAGAUACUUGAUUCUGAAAGAUUGCAGAGCAUUUUUCAAGGACUGAGGUACUAGAACAGAAACUGAUUAAACUGAAUGGAUCACUUGUGUGGGCCUGCACUAAAACCUUGAGAUCUAGAUGUUCCCAAAACUCUGGGGAGGCGUUCGAAUUUUGCAGAUAGCCCUUCUUUAUAAUAGGCUAACCCUAAAUCCUGGAGUUGAACACAUCCAGACUUUUUAGAAUAAGCUUGAGCUACAGCUGAAUUUAAGAUGCAUUCCAGAAAUACAAACACAGUCAUGAUUUUGUAGUAACAGAAUUGAGCAUAACCUGAAUGUAAUAAAUUGAUUAUUCAAUAAUCAGGUGUGGGGUGCAUGGAGGAAUUUGUGACCAAUGGAUUCUCAGCAGCUUUUUGCAAGUCUAAGUGAAAUUUGUCUUUUUAUUGAGUACUCACCAUCUUUCUUCAGUCCCUAUACUAUUUUUGCUGAUAUUUUGCUCUCUGACAGAAUGGAGAAGACCAGGAAGCUCUUUGUAAGGUUCCUCAUGUUUAUUCUAUCUGUGGAGAUUUGCUUGGCUCAACACUGGUCUUAUGGCCUGCAACCGGGAGGAAAGCGGGAUGCUGAAAAUCUGGUAGAAUCAUUCCAGGAGAUUGCUAGUGAAAUGGAAAAAAUAGGUGAACUGCAGCAUUUUGAAUGCACUGGCCCACAUCAGCGCUCCAUGCUUGGUGGUCUGAAGGGAGCUCUGGCAAGUCUGAUUGAAGGAGAUGCGGGGCGAAAGAAGAUCUGAAUUCAUGAAGGCAAAUGGAACAAAGGACCCAUUACUGUAACAUUUCAAAGCAAUGAUUUAGCUCUAAGGUCUUACUUCUCUUUGGAUUACAGUGUCAUAUGCAUAAAUGUUCAAAUACAAAAACCAUAGAGAUGUUGGAAAUAUUUUUUUGGGUAGCGUAUUAGCUCUUGGAUAAGAUAAAUGACCGCUUGGGGCAAUGCACUGGGAUUCAAGAGACUUGGGUUCUACUUGCCACUGAUCUGUUGUGUGACUUUUCACGUGUACAAACAGUGUCCACCAAAAUGGGCCUGUAAUGUUUGUUGGGGCCUCUGGACAUUAGUGUAAUACAUGUAAGUUACCUACUAUUAAAUAACACAUAAUUUCAAUAGUCCAUGCAUGGAAGACAUUCAGGUUUUUUUUCCUGGUUUGC